UAUUGUUACUUGGGUCUUGGGAUAUAAAAUCUCAAAGCACAGUAAUACAUAAAACUAACAAAAUCAAUGGCGACUUCAAGCACGGAUGACGUAUUUAUCGACUUCAGUGGAAUUGAGACUCGCAACUCUUUUGUGACACACCUCUUGGCCGCGUUCCGCCGCAGGAGCGUUUCCGUGCGCCUUGGUGGAGACUGCACCAACGUGGCAACGCAGCCUAAGACAUAUGAAGGGUGCAAAGUGUUUGUGGUUGUCUUCUCCGAGAAUUACGCGUUCUCUAAACAGUGCUUAGAUACACUCUCGGAGUUUCUAGAGCGAAAAGAUGACGGGCUUGUGAUUGUUCCGGUUUACUAUGGCGGCGUCACUGAGUCCAUGGUGAAGCAACAGACGGAUAGAUUCGGAGUUGCCUUUUCCCAACACGGGAAUAAGUACUUGAACGACCGGGUAGCUAAAUGGAGAGAUUGUCUGACUAAAACAGCGGGCUUACCAGGCCACGAGUUAAAUCUUCAACAAGAAGACUCCGAAUUUGUAGAAAAGAUUGUUGCUGAUGUACGAGAGGAGCUAGAUGCAACAGGUAAGAUCGGAGUCUACUCAAGGUUGCUGGAGAUAGAAAAAUUGCUUUGCACGCAAUGUCAUAAAUUUUACCACCUAGGGUUAUGGGGUAUGCCUGGCAUAGGCAAGACUACCAUUGCAGAAGCAGCCUUUAAGCAGAUGUCUAAAGACUUUGAGGCUUCCUUCUUUGUGGAAGAAUUUUACAAAGAAUAUCGUAAAGGACGUCCUUACAAACAGCGGGAAGAGUAUUUAAAGAAGGUUCUGAAAGGUGGCUCCAGUAAGGAGCCAACCCUCUCAUUCGAAACAUUACGAAAGAAGAAAGUUCUUUUUGUUCUUGAUGAUGUGCGCAACCUGAUGGAUUUCGAGUCUUUCCUUGGAGAUGUUGAAGGGGUUAGCCCUGGAAGCGUAAUAAUCCUAACAUCUCGAGACAAACAAGUUCUUUAUCAGUGCCAGGUCGAGGAUGUAUUCGAAGUUCCAAGUCUGAACGAAAAAGAAGCUAUACGGUUAUUCUCUCGGACCAUGUUCCUCCAAGAAUGGCCAAGUGAUGUUAAACUAAUGGACGUAUCAAAGAAGAUUGUUAAAUAUGCUGGUGGGAAUCCUAAGGCUCUAUGCUUAUAUGGCAGAGAACUGGAGGAGAAGAAGAAACCGGAAGAAAUGGAGGCGGAGUUUGAGAAGAUGAAGAAAUGUCCUCCGCAAGAAAUUCUCAGUUUAUUCAGAAGCAGCUACGAUGCACUUAAUGACAAUGAGAGGAGUAUAUUCAUGGACAUUGCUUGUUUCUUUAAUGGCGAACCUAGUGACAAUGUAAUGCGAAUACUCGAAGGGUGUGGGUUCUUUCCACACGUUGGGAUUGACCGUCUUGCUGAGCGGUCUCUCUUGUCGAUCUCAAAGGAAAAAAAAGUGGAGAUGCAAAAUUUUAUUCAAGACGCUGCCCGUGAAUUCGUCAACCAGACUUCAAGGCGUCGCAGACUCUGGGAACCUUCAAGAAUCAGAUUAUUACUAGAAAACGAUAAUUCCAAGGGAAAUGAAGUUAUCGAAGGAAUUUUCCUUGACACAACAAAUGUAGUAACCUUUGAUGUUAAUCAUAAGGCGUUUGAGAAUAUGUAUAAUCUUAGACUUUUGAAGAUCUACAGUCCAAACUCUGAAACUGCUCAAGAACUCCGACUUCCUAAGGAAUUUCAUUCUCUGCCUUAUGAGCUCAGGCUACUCCACUGGGAGAAGUGUCCGAUGCGAUCAUUGCCUGUAGAGUUUGACCCUCGGCACCUAGUUGAACUCAAUAUGCCUUAUAGUCAGCUUCAAUCUCUCUCGGUUGGGACCAAGAGUCUAGCCAAAUUAAGGAUGAUAAAUCUUAGCCACUCUCAGAAACUACUUGAGGUUGACGAGCUCGCGAAAGCUUGUAACCUUGAGAAAAUAGAUCUUCAAGCUGUAGUGAGUCCAGAGUCGACGACAUGCAGUAUGACGAGCAGCCGAACAUAUAUCAGAACACGCAAGCUGUUGAGCAGCAAGUCGACCAACCGGCUGACGUCACACCCGCGGAUCCUGCACAAGGCGAAGGGCAGAGUCAGUUUCACACACCAACUCCUUGGGCGAGCUCAGACUCCUUCUUCUACUACUGAGGUACUCCGACCCUCCAUUUGUACAUACCAUUUCAUUCCUGCAUUAGUUGAAGUUGGCCAAUUUCUGAAUCUGUCUGGUUGCACGAAUAUUCAAGAGAUGCAGAUGAUAACCUACACUUUAUUUCUUGAGAACGAAUUUGGGAGACCAUCAAACUCAGAGUCAAGUAUUGCUUAA